UUAGAAUGGCCAACAAUGACACAUUUACCUGAGUAUAAGCCCUAUCCACCAUAUCAUAGAGCAACAAAUUGUUGGGAAAAAGCCAUGCCUAUUCCGAAUGAUUUAGCUAGAGAUUUAUUAAAGCGUCUUCUUGUUUGUAAUCCACAACAAAGAAUUAAUGCAGAUGUUGCUUUAACACAUAAAUACUUUUCUAUACCUUCAACAAAUACGAAUUCAAUUAAGAAAAUUUAA